UACCUUAAUUCUAAAUUCUUAGCCUUCCAUCUCCUUACUAAGUAUACGCUAUAUAUUGAAUUCAUCUCCUCCAUGAAAACUCAGCACAUCAAUCACUCUACAUAAAUGGCAAAAAGAGAGUAUUUUUGGGGCAUUUACAAAUUCCGUAGCAUUCUUGGAACAACUCUUCAUUGCAAUAGAGCAUCCUGCACUACCUACUUGUCUAAUGGUCGUCAAGGACAUGAGGUUUCUGCUCCGACAGCAGUAUCAAAUAUGUUUGGGCAUCGUGGUUAUUCGGCGAAUAAUCCCUUAGGCUUGCGGUUAUUUAGCAGCACCAACAACAAACCAUGGACAAAACUUGAGCAACCACUGCCUGCUACAACUUCUUCUAGGCGCACCAUCCCUAAUUGGGUAAGAUGGAUUUUGGGCUCCCUUUUGUCAAUUUUGAUUCCUGUUUGGACGCACAAGUACUGGGAAAAUCUGCAAAUGAUUGAAGGGGAGGCAGAGGUGGUGAUGGAAGAGGUUGACAAUGUAGCAAAAGUCGUAGAAAGAGUGGCAACUGUGGCUGAGAAGGUGUCAGCCGAUGUGGCUGAUAAACUUCCAACUAAUCAUACAAGACUAAAAAAAAUUGCUUUGCUGAUUGAACGAGUAUCCGAACUGGCUGCUCAAGAUGCUCAACUAACACAAGAUUUUAUUCACAAGGUGGAUUCACUGAAGCAAGACCUGGGAGACUUAAAGACACUGGUGGAGCCAGUUGUUGAUAAGAUAGAAAACUAUGAAUUUCAUGGAAACUACUCUCCAGUUUCUACAAAAGAACAAAAUUAAAGGAAACGUCGUAUAUAUAUGCAUGCAUCUAUUGUAGUUGUACUAUGUCGACUUGCAUGGCAAUCUAAUAACACGUGUCUUUACAACUUUUGCAAGUCCGCUCUUUUCCAUUAACAACCCUUCGCUUACCUACCCUUUCUCCUGAUCUCUCAAUCUUUUUCCGUUUUAGGCAGAAUAGAAUUUGUGUUUCUUGGUUAGUUAGUUUCGAAAUAUUAUAUAUGUAUCUGGGGAAUCAAUGAUCCAGCAUUCUAGGUAAUUAGUUGUGUUUGUUUUCACAUAAGGAAUGCAUUUGGGAUUCAGUUCAGAUUUCACACAUGGCAUAGCAAUUGCCCACAAGGAACUAAGUUUUAGUUAGUUAUAUUGAAAUCCAAUUAGCCUUUGUCUAUAUGAAUAACCAUUUUAAUUAAAAUUCGCCUUUGCAUCUACCAUUGAACUGGUAUUCCCAUACAUAUAUGUCCACUCUUACUCGAAGCACAAUGAACUAGCAUGGUAUUGCAUUCACCUUAAUCAUCUCAGCAUAACCUGGGAAUCAAAUGCUAUCAACACUCACAAAACCAUUUUACAAGAGGUAAAAAUCACAGAAAACAUAGAUCGACAUCCAUCUAAAUCAUCCCCACUCUUUCAGGUUAGGCAUUUUACUUGUACACGUGUUCUUCAAGCACAUUCUACUUGUGUUAUUCAAAGCUAAUAUGCCGCGUUAUGUUUUGUAACUAUAUAUCAAUACACUUCUGGCAGGUUCAAGAAAGGUUGAUUUUAGUUACUCUCGCUAAAGCUAUUGCUCUACGGGACAGUCUUCUCAAAGCCAAAAAAAAAAGGUUAUCAAUUUAUCAAAGUUGAAGACGACUCGAAACCCCCUAUUAUUGAUUAUAUUAAUAGAAAUUGUGAUAUUCU